CAUUUAUUAGAGAGGGACACUCACUUGGACUACCAGCAUGGCGGAACAACAACAAGAGGUAGAUCUUUUGAACAGGGAUCCCAAUUCCCUUAAUUCCACAACACAGGUUGCCUUUGAGGAUGUGUUGGCAGAACCGGACGGCACACACAGUAUCGACUGUGUCUGGAGCAACAGUUACAAAUGCUUCACCUGUGGGAAGAACUGUUGCUACAAGCUCAUGAGUACCCUGUGUGGGAUUUGUAUUGCACUGUACUGGGGAUGUGAGUUCGCCAUGAUCACGUUCGAGAUGGUAUGGUGCUGUACACCUGCUCUCAAAGUCCAUUCCAUCAUGCUCGGAAUUUGUCAACGUUUCCUCGGAUCAUGUAUCCAGUGCUGUCUGGCUCCUCUCUGUGAGACGAUGGGAUUAUGCUUCGGGAACAUUACAAUUACUAAGAAAUGAUAAAAGGGUGUUUCAGGAAUUUGCUCAUGUGAUAUUCAAGUCGACAGCUGCGAAUCAUUUCUCAAUUUAAUGACUGUGAUACUUACCACUAUGGUUUUGCAACUGAGUUAGUCAUUUUAAGAAAUACUUGACAAUUAUUUAAAACAAAAACUCGGCAAAAGAAACUGCUUUGAUUUUAUAAAUAAAAUAUUUUUGUUUGUAUUAAGAUGACAAGCAUUAUUGUCUGUAUGAUGUUGAAAACCUUUCCGAGUAUUAAUAUGCUUAUCGGUCUAUUUUACGAAAUUGAUUGAAUAAAGAAUAUAAGUUAUACA